GUGCUCGCCGUAAUAAUUCUAAUAGCCUUAGAGAAGUCCAGUCCUGCAAAAAAAUGUUAUCGUUGUCUAUCACUGCGCGGGAGGUGCUAUCAAUAUUUGCUAUCAUUCACCUAUCAAGCCAGUAUAUCGAAGAUCUCUGUAAAAUGAGCUACGUGUGGAAGUGUUGCUAUAUAAUGUCAUUGUCGUGACAUAUAUGGCAUAGGCUAGUAAUGAUACUGGAAGCAACUAUGAUUCUUCUAAGUCUUUCGUCUGUCUCUUCUUCUGAUUUCGGCUUCAACGAUGCUGUGCUCCAAAUCAAACCGUGGCCUACUGAGAACUGCUCGGUGGUACCGGCGGAAACCAGAUGCAAGGCUGUCACCGAGGAAAAAUGCAAGAUAUGCAACGAGGACGUCUGUAAGCUCAACAUCGUAGUGUCAUUUCCUAACAGCAGUCAAUACAUUUUAAAUUUAAACAGGGUAAGCAAAUUGGUGGAUGAAACGUUAACAGGAAUCAAUUUAGAUUAUGAAAUUAAGGCUAUUGACGAUAAAUGUAGUCAAGAAAUAGUGUUAGGAAAGAUUAUAGACAUAACAGAAUGGUGUCCGCAUGUUAUCAUUGGGAUUCCGUGUGAUUAUCCAAUUGCUGGCGUAGCAAGAAUUAGUAAGUAUUUAGGAAAUGCAGGAGUGCCCCUUUUAGCACCAUCAGCAUUUACUUACGAUUUCACCGCCGAAAAAAUAUCUAUGAGUAACGAAUUUUAUCAUUUAAUCAAUAUUGGCCAAGCAGACUAUAGAUCUUUUGCUGAAUUUUUACGAAUAAUAUUUACUAAGUACGAAUGGAAGUCGUUCCUCCUAUUGUAUGAAAAAGGAGACUUUUAUGAAAUAGGUGGAGAGAAUGCAUGUUACUUGACAAUGUCCACUUUAGUGUAUACAGAAUUUGUUGGUUAUAAUUAUGAGAGUAAAGACUUAAGUAAUAUCAAUAGUAGUGACCCAAACAGCUAUAGUGAUCUCUUAAAAGAAAGUAUUGGUGUCAAAUAUGGAGUAAUACUAUCAUGUGCUAGCCACAGUAAAAUAAGAAAAGUUGUCAUAGAGGCUGCAAAAUUGGGUAUGAUGGAUCGAAAUGAAUAUAUAUUUUUUAACUUCGCCCUGUAUAAUAAUGCUAGUGAGCCUGAUCUUCCAUGGUAUGACGCCAACGAUACAGAUAAUAACGAAAUGGCUAAGAAAGGCUUCGAUUCUGUUUUAACAUUUUAUCCAUAUAGAGAAACAAAUUUUAAUGAGAUCAAAGAACAUACAUUUCGAGGAUUUUAUUACCUCAACGACAUACAAGAAGCCUUAAUAAUGUAUGUAGACACUAUUAAAGAAAUUAUCGAUAAUUCUUCUAGCGAUUUUAAAGGUUGUAACAUAGUGCAACGUCUGCGUGGAAUGCAUUAUGUUAAUGAGAAUGGAUGGAACCUGACCCUAAACUGCAACGCACAAAGGCUAUCGAAGUUUGCUCUAGUAGCUCAGACCAAUGGAAAAUCUAAAAUAAUGGCUACAUAUUCGAUUGUCGAUAAAACAAUAGGUUUUUGGGAUCCAGGUAAUUUUGUGUUCCCACCAGAGAAACCAGUCUGUGGAUAUGAUCUCUCAAACUGUCCCACUUACGAUAAAGUUAACAUUUUAUUAAUAAGCUUAAUUUCCGUAAUUUUCUUUGGUUUAGUAAUUGUAUCAAUUAUAUUCUAUAGGCAUUACAAACUGAAAGCCGAAAUAUAUUCCCAAUCAUGGAAAGUAAAUUACGAAGACAUAGCAUUUUUGACUAAAGAUCGAAGAAGUAGCUUACAUUCUAUCACCACCAUCAAAGAAUACGAUGAAAUGAGUUUAGCAGGAGACAAGCAAUUAUUUGCGACUAUAGGAUACUACAAGUCUAUACGAGUAGCUAUAAAAAAAUUGCCAGAUGUCAAAGUCAAUCUGAGCCACCAACAGCUGAUCGAAUUAAAAGCGAUGAAAGAUCUGUCGAAUGAUAACCUAGUGAAAUUUUACGGAGCCUGCAUAGAAAGCCCGAACAACUGUUUGCUAAUCGAGUAUUGCCAAAAAGGUAGCUUGCAAGAUAUCUUAGAAAAUCCAGAAUACAACCUGGAUUGGACCUUCCGAAUGUCAUUAAUAAUGGAUGUGACGAGAGGAAUGCACUACCUACACGGCAGCCCUAUUAAAUCCCAUGGGGCCCUAAAGUCCUCCAAUUGCCUAGUCGAUAGCAGAUUUGUUCUCAAAAUAUCUGAUUUCGGUCUGCAUUUUUUAAGAGGAAACGAUAAAAGUGACGAAGCAGAUGCUAAUUCCUACCAAUAUUGGAAAAGAUUUCUUUGGACGGCUCCCGAAUUGUUACGAAUGAAUAAUCCUCCAGCUCCUGGCAGCCAAAAAGGGGACGUGUACUCCUUCGCUAUAAUAAUGCAAGAAAUCAUCAUGAGAGAAGGAGUAUUUUACAUUAAAGGAACUUCUUUGGAACCAAAAGAAAUCAUUGAGAUCAUUAGAAGCGGACCAGACGCCAACAAUGGAUCACCUUUAAGACCAACCGUCUCCAGUGAAAAUGUGAGUGAACAAUCGGACGAGAUCACGACUUUGAUAGAAAGAUGCUGGUCAGAAGACCCCCACGACAGGCCCGACUUUGCAACCUUGAAAACUAAACUACGACAGAUGAACAGAAAAGAAAAUGACAUGAACCUUUUAGACAACUUGUUAACCCGAAUGGAACAGUAUGCUAAUAAUUUGGAAGCAUUGGUACAAGAUAGAACAAAAGAUUACUUGGAGCAGAAGCGCAAAUGCGAGGAACUAUUGGACCAGCUUUUGCCAAAAUCCGUUGCACAACAGCUGAUUAUGGGGGAAUCGGUUACAGCUGAGGCUUUUGACUCUGUCACAAUUUACUUUAGCGACAUCGUUGGUUUUACAGCUCUAUCGGCUGAAAGUACACCUUUGGAAGUUGUCGAUCUAUUAAAUAACCUGUACGGACUUUUUGACUCUAGAGUUGAACACUAUGAAGUAUAUAAGGUGGAAACAAUUGGCGAUGCUUACAUGGUCGCAUCAGGUUUGCCGGAGCGCAAUGGGCUAAAACACGCCUACGAAGUGGGCCGCAUGGCCCUUGACCUUCUGAGCUCGGUGAAAAAAUUUAAAAUACCCCACCGUCCCGACACGCCACUGCGUCUACGCAUAGGCCUCCACAGCGGGCCAGUGGUGGCGGGAGUGGUCGGCCACAAGAUGCCUCGCUACUGUCUUUUCGGCGACACUGUCAACACGGCAUCCAGAAUGGAACAGAACGGUCAACCGCUCAAAAUCCAUAUCAGCAGCGCCACAAAGGCUAUUCUGGACAAGGUCGGAAGGUUCGACAUUGAGCUCAGAGGAGAAGUAGAGAUGAAGGGUAAAGGAAAAGUAAUUACCUACUGGUUAAAUGGUGAAAAAGCAGAUAAUGUAUUCCUUGGAGAAGAUUUCUUGUCGCCUCAUCACAUUCCUAUAAGUGCCAGGCCCAGCACUCCAAGACCACGAAGUAUAUACGAUCCGGACACAUCUCAAAGGAAAGUGGUAGAGUUGAGAACUGGCCUGGACGCGAUCGAUUUUGUCAAAGAAAUAGACACAAUCAAGAAGUGUCACAAUCACGUGAACAAAAUUGAACCAGAGCAAACAGUAUUGGUGAAAAUCACUCCAAGCGACGAGACAGAGGUUCCACUUCUACCUAAAACGCAGGAAAAUCGAUAAAGCAAGCUCGAAGAGCGAUAAGGAAACAUCCUCGCUCAAUGUUAACGAAGCAUUUUUCAAUUCAUUCCAACUACUAAAUAGAGCAGGAUCAAAAGGUUUUAUGAUCAAGUAAACUUUGUAUAAAACAUAUCCUUAUAGGGUGAUUUUUUACAGUCAAAAUCGUAUAACCCUAUUGAUUGUAAAACUUUUUGAUUGUAUGGUAUUUCGAAACAAACGCUUAUUUCAGUGUUCUAUUUCCAAAAAAAAAAAACAUAUUUGUUUCAAUUUAAAAACUAAGCAGCAUUAUCUGUGAAGAUGGUUAUUUAUAAGACAUGAUUGGUGGAUAUGUCAAACACGACUUAUCUACUUAUUCCAGAGGUACUGAGGUCGGGAAAAUAAGCAUGAAUGUGCGCAGAAAUUUAAGGAUUUUGAAUGCGCACUCGUCGAAGCUCAGUCUCCCUUCCUCCAUAUCUCUGACCUAUUCUUUAGUGUUUUGUUGUAUUGGCUUCCAUAAACCUUUGAAUAAAAAGUGUAAGGAAGACGUAUAAUGUUAUCCAUAUAUUAAUGCAAGGUAAACCGAGGUGAGGAUCUUUGACAGUUCUGUUUGACGAUUCAUUUGACACAUUUGAAUUUGAUUUGAAAUUGUAUGGUUUUGUCAGUCUACUGAGCUUAUUUUAUGUUGUUUAUUAUUUGUUCUACAUCUGGUAGUUGUUUAGAAGUAUUAAAUCUAGAAGGAAAUUGUGGCAGAACUUAAAUUAACAGUGAUACUAUUGCGACUUAUCGAAAAAGACUAAAAUAGUUGGUUGUGUAGCGUGCGGUAGAUCUCGGCAAAAAUUGAGUGAAAUAAUGGAACAACUUUUCGCUAGUAAGUGACGAUAUAAUAUACAUACGUGUAGUAAACCGAUCGUUUAUAAAAUUCAUUUAAACUUAACUGAUAAAUAACUUAUUUCCUCUUGCAUUUUUGGUUUUAUAUAGUACUUGCCAAAGAAUUUAGAUACGCCAAUUUGGCUUUUUUGUCUUCCUUAAUCUUUUUAUUCAAAGCUAUAAACUGAUUUGAUCCAUUGAUGUUUUAAAUGUUGAUAACCCAAAUAACGAUUGGCGCUUUACUUCAUUCGCUUCAAUCAUCGCAUCAGUGUUAAAUGACCCUUAUCGAUGUACCGAGCAUGUCGAUGUUAAAUAAAAUGGUAUUUUCUAUUUCUAAAUGUGUUGCAUGGAAAGUUAUCUGUUAAAUGUGCUUUUUUAUUUACAAUUAUUGAACCAAUAAAUUGAAAUUGUUUGGUUAAUGCGUACAAUUCUAAAAAAAAAGGCUGGCCAGCAUUAGGUUUAGGUAAAGUCCUACAAACUAA